GUGUGGAAGUGUGUGAGUGUUUGCGUAUCACUACGUUGGCUCUUCUCCCAGAAACAUUUCUGGAGCUGGGAAUUUUCAAAUUUGGGAACAUUUCGGGAUUUCUUCAAGAGAAGUUUUCACUGAAUCCGCCGGUGAAAAGCAGCAGUGUGAUCGGGCGUCAUGACGACAGAGGUGGGUUCAGAGCCGGAGGUAAAGAAGGAGCCGGAGAAGUGCUCGGAGGAGCCGCAGGCCGAGCAGCAGGCCGAGCAGCAGGCCGAACCCAGCGAGAGUGAGCCGAACCCGGGCGCUGACCCUGAGCCUGCCCCCGACAACCCCACCAGCCCCGACAACCCCACCAGCCCUGACAACCCCACCAGCCCUGACAACCCCACCAGCCCUGACAACGAGGAGAACGCGGAGGCGGAGCCUGCAAGCCCGCCCCCGUCCAGCGGGCAGAAGAAGGAGAAGGGCAUCUCUCGCUUUCUGCCUCCAUGGCUUAAACGACAGAAGUCCCACAGCCAGGUGGAGCCCAAAGAAAGCUCCACCCCCAGCGACACACCCAGCCAACCGCUGACCGAGACGCAGGAAGAGGCGGAGAAAGGACAGGAAGAGGCACAGAAAGGAAAGGACGAGACGGGAAAAGCACCAGAGGAGGUGGAGAACGGACCGGAAGAGGUGGGAAAAGGGCAAGAAGAGGCGGGGCCAAAGGAAGAGGCAAAGGCAGCGUCUCCAGUCGUAGAGCAGCCACUGGAAGCGAAGGAGGUGAAAGAGGAGGUGAAGGUAGAGGAGGUGCAAGCAGAGAAUAACUCCGUUGGCAGCGUGGAAACGCAGCCCGUGAAGGAGGAGAAGGAGGGAGAUUCGGAGGAGAAGAAGGGAGAGAAAGGAGCAGAAGAGGCGCAGGAGAGCGGCGGUCUGUCUCCUCUGAAACUGGGAAAGAAGAUGAAGAUCGUGGUGUGUCAUGUGACCCUGCUGGACGGCACCCAGUUCUCCUGCGAAGUGGAGAAACGGGCGAAGGGUCAGUUCCUGUUCUUUAAGGUCUGUGAGAAUCUGAACCUGUUGGAGAAGGAUUACUUCGGCCUGAGCUUCAAAGACCACGCUGACCAGAGAUGCUGGCUGGAUCCCACUAAGGAGAUCAAACGGCAGAUCCGCAAUUCGCAGUGGCAGUUCUCCUUUAAUGUGAAGUUUUACCCCCCGGACCCCUCUCAGCUGGCUGAAGAUAUAACCAGGUAUCUACUGUGUCUGCAGCUGAGGCAGGACGUGUCCUCGGGCCGCCUGCCCUGCUCGUUCGUGACCCACACUCUGCUGGGCUCGUACACGCUGCAGGCCGAGCUCGGAGAUUACGACCCCGAGGAACAUCGCCUGGACAGCAUUGCCGACUUCCAGUUCGCUCCAAACCAGACCAAGGAGCUGGAGGAGAAAGUGGUGGAGCUCCACAAAUCACACAGGGGAAUGACUCCAGCUCAGGCUGAUGUUCAGUUUUUGGAAAAUGCCAAGAAGCUCUCCAUGUACGGCGUCGACCUGCACCAUGCGAAGGACUCUGAGGGAGUGGACAUCAUGUUGGGAGUGUGUGCUAACGGCCUGCUGAUCUAUAAGGACCGUCUGAGGAUCAACCGCUUCGCCUGGCCGAAAAUCCUCAAAAUCUCCUACAAACGCAGCAACUUCUACAUCAAGAUCAGACCGGGAGAGGCGGAGCAGUUUGAGAGCACAGUUGGAUUUAAGCUACCCAAUCAUCGCGCUGCCAAGAGGGUCUGGAAGGUCUGCGUGGAGCAUCACACCUUCUUCAGGUUGACGAACCCGGAGCAGCCCGUCAAGUCGAAGUUCCUGACUCUGGGCUCGAAGUUCCGCUACAGCGGCCGAACGCAGGCUCAGACGCGGCAGGCCAGCUCUCUGAUCGACCGGCCGGCGCCGUACUUCGAACGGACCUCCAGCAAACGCAUCUCACGCAGCCUGGACGGAGCUCCAGUGGUCAGUGUGAGUGACCAUGCCCUCCAGCAGGACUCCGCCCACAUCCCAGGCUCCGGAGAGGCCGGCCAUGACGCCGCCCUGGAGCUGUCCGAUUCUAAGAGUCCACAGGUGGAGGAAGGGGCGGAGCCUGGAGAGGGCGCGGCCGCUGCCGUCACAGCCGAGCCGCCGUUUGAGACUGGAAACGAAGGGGCUGAUUCCUCUGACCCCAAGAGCAAGCUGAGAGUGCAGGGAGAGAAUAUAUAUGUGAGACAUAGCAAUCUAAUGCUGGAGGAUCUGGAUAAGACUCAGGAGGAUGUUUUGAAGCAUCAGGCUAGCAUUAGCGAGCUAAAGCGCAGUUUUAUGGAGGCGGCUCCAGAGCCUCGGCCCAGUCAGUGGGAAAAGCGUCUGACGGGCAGUCCCGCUACCAGCCUGCGGCUGCAGGCGCAAGGGAGUUUAGAAGAGGAGUUAACCUCUCUGUUUUUGAGUAAAGCCUGUUUCUCUGGCCUGGCUGGCCCCUGCAGUACCGCUGUGGCUCCAGCAGAGGGCGCAGUUACAGCAGCCUCUGAGAAAACCAACGCCCACCUCGAGAGUGCCCCGUCAGACAGCGGAAACGUCGGCCAGAGCGCGGAGGACAAACCGAUAGCCGAGCUUAACGGUCAGCCCGAGGUCGUAGAGGUCGUGGAAGAGACCGUCGUUAUCGAGGAAGUCAUCAAAGCCGCGAAGCCCAAAACCUCCACCUCUGAGGCGCCGGCCGCCGUAACCGCGGCAACAGAGAGAGCGCCGGAAGAGAAGGAGGAAGAGAAGAGCGCGUCUUCGGACAGCGAGAGCGAGGAAGAGGCGGAGUUUCACCCUCAGAGCCCCUCAGACUCCGCCCACCUCAUCAAAGAAGAGCCCGACGAGGAGCACGAGCUGAUAAAAGAGGCUCCGCCCACUGAGACAGAGCCGCAGCCAAUCAGGGAGGCCGAAACGAUUGACGUCGUGAGCAAAGAGGAGGCGGUUGUCGAGCAACAGGAAGAGGAGGCAUCAGGAGAUGAAGUGCUGGUGACUCCAGACGAAGCGCCCAAUGGCCACGCCCUCGACGGCGAGGAAGCCCCGCCCACACUGGGUGCUGUUGCUGAGGAAGAGGAGGAGGCGGAGCCUUGCGUUGUCAACGGCGACGCGUCUCACGUGGAAACGGAGCGCGUGCCACAGGUGAUCUGUUGCUCGGAGCCCCCCGUGGUGAAGACAGAAAUGGUGACCAUUUCGGACACGUUUGCAGCUCAGAAGACAGAGAUCGCCACCAAGGAGGUUCCGAUCGUUCACACAGAAACCAAGACCAUCACUUACGAAGCUGCCCAGCUGGACGGUACUGGAGACGGAGAGCCAGGCGUUCUAAUGACCGCCCAGACCAUCACCUCAGAGUCACUGUGCACAACUACAACCACACACAUCACCAAGACACUAAAAGGCGGCCUGUCGGAAACUCGGAUUGAGAAGCGCAUCGUCAUCACGGGCGACUCGGACAUCGACCAUGACCAGGCCUUGGCCCAGGCCAUAAAGGAAGCCAAAGAGCAGCACCCGGACAUGUCCGUCACCCGCGUGGUCGUGCACAAGGAGACCGAGCUGGCCGAGGAUGACGAGUAGAGGAGAGAGCUGAAGCCCACGAGGUUCAUCUUUCGUUUCGUCCAGACGGACCUGUUCCCUUCUGUUCUCUACGCGAGUAAACGAGUGUUCGUCUCUCGGGACGGAGGACGAGAGAAGACCUCGGCGUCGGCGCCUCGGACACCUGCAUUCGUUAUUGUUCAGAAACCAGAACCACUUAGCUAACAUUUUUUGUAGCGUGUUUAUUAUUGAUGUUUUUAUUCCCCAAAAGGUUGUCCAGUGUUUAUUAAGAACAGAUAGCGUUUGCUCUACGUUUUUAUUGUUAAGUAGUGAUUCACAUUCCUAGCACGUACAAAGGGGGGAAGAUCCGGAGAGCUAAAACGAUGAAUUUUUACAAUCCAGUCGUAACGGAUUUCUCUUAGUUAUGGAUGAACACUUUGUAAAAACUAGGUGGGCAGUCUAUAUACAUAUAUAAAAUGAUUUGAUGUAUGAUCUCGGACCAUUUUAUAAAGGGGAUAGGGAGGGUUUAAUGUCAGUUAGGAGAGGGGCGGGACUGCUGUUACCAGUAUAAAGUUUAGAAGAUUAACUUGGUAAUCUCUUCGUAAGGGACCAGCGUGGGACAGCGUUAUUUCCUUCACUAGCACAACAGUGCCAAUACUUCCUCUAUGCAGUCAAACAAACAAAUAAACAAACAAACAUUCCACCACUGGGAGGUGCACUUCGUCUACCUCUCGUAGGGAACUUAAAACUCCAAUACAAACUACACUACAAAAGAAAACUUAAACUCUGGGCAGCUUUUGAAUACAUUUUUGCUUUUCCUACACGACUUUCUGGCUCCAAUAAUCAGAAAUAUUUGUAUUUUUUUUUCUCUGAUAUUUUAAUUCUGUGUCUCGUCUGUAAAACCGAUGAUUUUAGUUGAUUCUUUUCUGAAUGAGGUGGGUUUGUUUGCCCCUUUUACAUAUUUUUAAUAUAUUUCCGUCAGAUUUUUUUUCUUUGACUAAAAGGAAAAAAUGAAUUUGCCACAAUGGAAUCUUUUACAUGUAGAUAAGUAAAAUGAAUGAAGCUCCUCCCACUCUGGCCUACUGCCAUGCGGCCUCUCUCUCUCUCUCUUUCUCUUCUUUCUCUCUUUCUCUCUCUCACACUCUCUCUUUGCCGCUGACUAAAGAAGGCGCCCGUCUGACCCCCUUCGUUUUAGCAGCUUGGAUAAAUGUGUUGUGUUUUUGGCCCCGCCCACCUACCGCCACUCCCUGUCCUCUCUUUGUGUAACACUGUUGAAAUAAAGUUUGUUUAUUCUCUAA